UGAUUUAAUAAGUGAUCUCUAAUUUAGACGUUAAGCCAAAGCGCCCGCACUUUCGCCGCAAAUGACAGUAUCAUUGAAAACACGGAUUCAAACUUGAAAAAGCUUGAGAUAUCGACCAAACAGUUCCAAAUGCAAUUAGAAGACAUUAACAAAAGUGAUGUUUUGGUUCUCAAACAAUACAUGCAUUACAGUUGUGAACGAAUCCGAGAAGUGGUCGACAAAAUCAAUUAG